AUGGGAUCCAAAUCAAAGUCUGCCAAGGACAAGGGGAGUAAAGGGAAGAGUAAAGGGAGCAGGGAUAGUAAAGGAAAGAAUAGCAAGGAAAGCAAGGGCAAGGGGAAAGGCAAAGGGGGCGAUGGUGCCAAGAGUAAAUGCAACCUCAUUCCUGUACCCUUCGAGUACGUGCGACCGCCAACACCACCACCGCCGCCAGAACCGCCUAAACCCACUCUCCUCUCCUUUAUGCGACGCCAGAUCUGGUACCCCUACGCAAGUCAACCCACUCUGGAGUAUCGUGAGUUCGCAUGGUCCCCCACCGUUCCUCUCUGCACCAGCUGGGGAGAUGUGUGGGUCUCCGAACUCCCUUUCCGUCGGAUUUCGCGCUACAAAUACGAGCCAGCGAGCAACAAGUUGGUCUCUUUGGGCAACCCAGUUAUCACCAAGGGUGAACCAAAGAUGAUGAUUGAAGUGCCGCUUACCGGCCGAAUUGCAGUACUUUUGAACUGUCCAACAGCUAAAAGCAACGCCGUUGUCUUCUACAACCCAGAAACCUUUGAAGAGGAGCAUAAAAUUGAGUUUCCCUAUAAUGCCGUAGACCCAGCUACGAUCCCGACAACCGUAGAUUCGGACACUAACAAACCCCUGCUUCGUGGGUUUGACCUCUUAGAUGAAUCUACACCUUAUGGGAUCUGUGCUAACAAAGACUCCAUCUGCAUUUUGUUCGAUCCUCUCCAAAAGAUGCAGUUCCUUUGUUCACACACAUACGGGCCUCAGGAUUUCCAAUUAGAAAAUUACUUCACUGACGAGAAAGCAUGUAUCCAUUUAGCUGCCUCUGGAGGCUGUGCCAUGUCAAAUGACCUGCUGUUUGUUGCAGCCACCCGUCCAAACCGAAUUCAAGCUUUCCACCUCCACUACUGCCGCGUGUACCGCCGAAUUGAUGUAAUCAAAGUUGUCCUCUUCGCCAACUUCGGUAUCGAUCGCUUCUCUUUUGGCGAGCCAUUCGGUGUUCAGAUUGAUAGUCUAGGUUUGUUGGUGGCAAAUGACUCUAAAGUAGGUGUAUUCCACGUAUACAACGUCAAUAAGCUGCCAAAAGGCCCAUGUCUUCCUUCCUUGCCCAAUGGGGAGACUUGCUAUAUGGGAUCCUGGAAGAUUAAUGCUUUUCGGCGCGUCCGUCCGGGCUACUUCUCCCUGGCCAAUAAUGGGACAGCAGCGAUUGUGGAUCGUCAUAAAAACUCCCUCCUUCUACUAGGUGAUCAGUCCGUGAUGCGGUGGUACGACGACACCUUCCUCUGCUUGGAGAACGUGCUCCUUCGACCUGUCGUGGAUCCGCUAAUGCCACAACUGGGUGAACCACCGAUGCAGGAUAGUAUCUGCAUCUGCUCUUUGGAAGAUAAGUGGAAACCGAUUCCACCAGAGGAACUCCUUCCUGAGUCUUGGGUGAAGAAGUUCUCCCGAGAGGAAGACCUUCCCAAAGAGGCCGAAGAGGGACCAGAUUCAAAGUCGUCCAAGAAGAAGGGUUCAAAGGGAUCUAAGGCCUCGAAAGGCUCAAAGGGAGGGAAAGGAAAGGCUUCAAAGGGCUCUAAAGGGAAGAAAAAGAGGUAG